UCUCAGUCCUGUUGAGCAGAAACCACAGUCAGUGUGAUCAACUUAGACCCACAGGAAUAUCUCAUCUACAGCCACUUCUCCUGGCUUCAACUCACUUUAACAAGGUCAAGCAUUGAAGGAGAAAGGAUUUUGGAUUGUGCUAACAUGGCAUCUUUGAAAACUGGGCUUUAUCUAGGAGUCUGCCUGUGUGCUUGGAUCAUCACCACUGCAGAUGACAACGGUGUGCCCAGAGCAGAGAAUGUCCGCUGGGUGUCUCUGGACUUUAAAACCAUCCUCAACUGGACUACAGAGGCAUCUGACCACGUAUUCACUGUCAGGUACUCUAGCGAUGAUAGUGACUGGACGGACAGUGAUGACUGCAUCCGAGUGUCGGAGUCAGAAUGUGAUCUGACCCACACUCUCAAACCUCUCAACAGGCCCUACUCUGCUGACAUCAUAACAGAGCCUGCGAUUAUGGACUAUGACAUCUCCCUGGAGAUGUUAACACACGAGUAUUCGUCGGUGUUCAACCCUUAUUUAGAGAGUAACAUCAGUGCUGUGAACAUCAUUGUGGAGGCUUUAGAUGAGAGCACAGUCAUUGUCAACAUCACAGAUCCUCUGACCAGUGUUCACCAUUAUGACAAGCAGCUCAGCCUCAGAGACAUUCUCAAAAAGGACCUCAAGUAUAAGAUCACCUACUACAAGUCUGGAAGUACAGGCAAGAGAGACAUCAUAUCUGACACGAAUAUGGCAGUGCUGUCACAGCUGGAUGCAGGACAGAGUUACUGCUUCAUGGCAGCAGCUUUCAUCCCCUCCAGACCCAAACGCACCCAGCACGGAGCCUGGAGCGUGCAUCAGUGUAUACCUGGAGGCAAAAACAACCCUGUGGGAGUUGAAUCUUGGAGUUUGGGUGGGUGCAGUCUUCAUCCUGCUCACAGUCCUCUUCAUCAUCGUUAUGGUGACGGUCCUCUGCUGUAGAUGCUGCCGACAAAGAAACACAUCUCAAUCAUCAGCACCUGUUUAGUGUGUUUGUGUGUGUGUGUGUGUGUGUGUGUGAGUGUGUGUGCGUGUGCGUGUGCGUGCGUGUGCGUGUGCGUGUUUUGGUGUCGGUGUCUUUCAAACACAGGGAGCUGGUCUCCCUUUUCUCUCUCCUCUCUGUUUAUAGGGAAACAUUUAUAAAGCUAUAUUCUUUUUUUAACACUGUAUUGUAGUCAUUAUAUUUUUCUAUUUCAUAUUUAAAUUAAGGUGAGGUUAUACUAUCUGCCUAUUACUUUGCAUUUCUUGCAUUUAUCCCAUGUGUGUGAAUGACAUAUGUGGACAAUCAUCAGCACAUCAACAAUAGAACAGCUCCGUCCUAGAACAUUCCCUCACAACUUUAUUCCCUAACCUUCUUCUUUUAGCACGGCACGCCAAUCCAAAUGCCCUCAUACGCUUUCCUCUAAACUAUGUUUUCAUAAUUUAUUGUUAUUUCAAAACAACUUUCCCUAAAAAAUCUAUCAGAACCCAAUACAAAUCACCACUGAAAGUAGAGUAAAUGAAAGCUCUUUGGUGGCACCUAGUGGCUGCCCCGUGAAACUACAGCAACAUGAGCACACUCGUCUCCUACAAAUCCAUAUUAUCCUUUCGCCUUAUGUUGGAUGUAUGUUAUUCUUUUUUUGUGUGUCACAGGAGAAACUUUUGUUGAUCAAAAGGAUGUAAUCAAUAAAACAUAAAAAAAUGAAAA